AAUGAAGACCAUUCUCAGUAAUCAGGUCGUGGACAUCCCCGACAAUGUCGAGGUCAGGCUGAAGGGGCGGACAGUGAUGGUCAAAGGGCCCCGUGGAAAACUCGUCAGAGAGUUCAACCACAUCAACCUGGAGCUCAGCCUCCUGGGCAAGAAACAGAAGAAGCUGCGUGUGGAUAAAUGGUGGGGCAACAGGAAGGAGCUGGCCACAGUCCGCACCAUCUGCAGCCACGUCCAGAACAUGAUCAAAGGAGUCACUUUGGGUUUCCGGUACAAAAUGCGGUCCGUGUAUGCCCACUUUCCCAUCAACGUCGUCAUUCAGGAGAAUGGGACUCUGGUGGAGAUCAGGAACUUCCUGGGAGAGAAGUACAUCCGCCGUGUCCGAAUGAGGAAUGGUGUGAAGUGUGCAGUCUCAGCAGCCCAGAAGGACGAGCUGGUUCUGGAGGGUAACGACGUUGAGCUGGUGUCAAAUUCAGCGGCCUUGAUCCAACAGGCCACCACGGUCAGGAAGAAGGACAUCCGAAAAUUUCUGGACGGCAUCUAUGUCAGCGAGAAGACCACUGUGGUGGAGCUAGAUGCAGAAUAAGUGUUCACCGCGUCCUGUAAAAGACCAAUAAAACAUCCAAUUUUUCCAUUUAAGUCGA